AUGGUGCCUCCAGCUGGAUACCCUGGGAGCGUUGUUGCUGGGCGCCGCUUGGGCAGCGGCUUCCUCCCGGGGCUGCGGCUAGCAGCUGCGCUGCUGCUCGCUGCGCUGCGCCCUUCGGCAUCGACCGAUGCAACACCCUGGACUGACGUUUGCACCGCCGAGGAGUUCAUUGGGGAAUUAGAUAACCUGUGCCCAGCUGUCUUCCUUGUCUCGACGCUGGCCUUCAAUCCCAACAGCCCCGGCGCCGACGCCAACGUGACCCUCAUCAUUCAGCCAUCGACCGCGCUGACCAGCUCGUCGUCUGGGAUUCAGUACAUAUACUUGGAGCUGCCUGGUUUCAACCCGGUUGGUGAGGAAGAUCCAGUUUACCCGUUGAAGCGGCAAUUGCCCGUGAUCGGCAGAAAUUUGGCGGUGGUGGGUGUGGACGCAACGGUGGGCUAUAACACGUAUGCCAACGGGGUGUUCGAAAGUCCCGCGCUUUGGGAUACUGAAACCGGCUAUUUGGAGCUCGAGGUCAGGUUGGACUAUACUAUCGCAGCUGGCGUGGACACGGAGAUCGAGAUAUGCUGUCUGACAUUGCCCACAUCCUCAGAGAAGGACAACCCUGACUACCUGAUCUGGGCACCUUACGGGUUGCUGAUGACCAAUGCAAUCGCUGUUAGCUCCGUGCAGAGCACUGCCUACAUUGAUCCCGGCUCGCAGUGGGGCUUUCUGCAGGUAUCUUUCGAUCCUGCCGUGUCAAAGCAGCCUACCGUCAUUUCUUUGACAAUACGGCCAGACGACGACCUCACCGACCAGGCGCGGAUCAUUUUCUAUUUGCCGACGAUCUCGCGUGCGAGCGGCCUGAGCGGAGCGAUAGACUUCUCCUUGACGGGCGGCGAAUCCGACGAUUGGCUGAUCUUUACGCACGAGGCGACUUGGGACGCCGUCAAUAACAAGCUCACUUUCGAGCUGCGCGACGGCUACACUCUCGCCGCCAACAAGCAGGUUACGCUCCAGACGAUCGCGGGAGAGUUCGUGCUCCCCGACGAAAUGGACCCGAAUUGGAACCAGCUGACCGUCGAGGCGCGUUCCCAGGACGAGGUCGACGAGCUUAUCCGGGCGACUCCAGUAAUGCAGUCCAGCAGGGUGCCUCACGUGAGAUAUUUCACCAGCAGCAAGAUCACGUACUCCGAGGACUCCCCGACGCCAGGGUCGUUCACUGACGUGACCCUGACGUUCAGCACGAACAGGCCGAUGUUCGUGGGCACCAAGAUGUACCUGCGCCUCACCGGCUUCCAGGCCGAGGUCAUCGAGGUGCAGAUGUCCGGGGACCACGUCGCCAACUUUAAGGAUGGCAUCGCGACCUUCCACCUGACCGAGAACAUCUUGGAGCUAGAAGUCAUCCGCACACUCUAUUCCAACGAGGCCGUCAUGACGCUCACUUUCUUGAACCUCAUCGUGCCCCCUGCACUCUAUGCGGACGACGAGUCGCUGCUGAUCUGGAACUCGGACUACGGGGCCGUGCGGCAGCCUGUGCAGUCGAGCCCGGAGAUUGGCGACGGCUACAAGACAUUUGUCCAGUCGCAGGUGUCGUUUAGCCCAGAGAGCCCGAGCUCGCCCUCCAACAUCACGUUCUCCCUCAUGCCUUCUAUCAUAUUCUUCCAGGGCGAUCAGGUGAUUCUCUACCUCUACGGUUUCACGUGCGAAGGUACGGCGAUCGCACUGUCGGGAGCGGAUGCCGACAAGGUGCAGGACAGCGCUGGCGUCUGGAAUGCCGACGAGUUCACGCUGACCCUUACGGUGGCCCAGAACAAGAUCAUAUCCAACGAUCAGAUUUUCGAUGUCACGGUCGGAGCAUAUACGGCCACAGACGGAAGUUUGGUGUACCCGUGCACUUUGCCUGCCAAGCUGACCAAAAACGACGGCGUGUUGCGAGUAGAGGGUCGUGGUUCAGUCAUCGACGUGGAGCAGAUAAAGAAGUCGCCGGCGAUCGGAUCGCCAAAGUUCAUCCUUGAUUCGAGGAUCGAGUUUGACGCGUUCACCGACGAUGACUCGAGCCUGAGUUGCGCCGGGAACGAUAUCAAUCCGCUCACCAAGGUUGACAUCUACGUCAUUCUCAACUGCGAUGUUCUGCCGAACACCACAUUCUACAUUCAGCUCGGCGGCCUCGUGCGAGACCACACGGAGGGCGUGCUGGAGCCCAUCCCGAUCGCGCUGUCUGGCAACAACGCCCCGCUCUUCGUGGACAGCCAGGGGACCUACUACCCGGGUGAGCGUAAGCUGGCCGUCAAGGUCAUCCCGAGCAUGUGGAUCUACGCAGGCGAGAAGAUCAAGUUCUUCUUGGAGCGUGACCAGUGUUUCAAGCUGCCCUACGCAGCAUACGCCAAUGACCCGUCGUUCCGCCUCCACAUCCCUGAGGCCGGCAUUCCGUCCACGGCUUUCAACUUCUCGACGCGGGUGAACACAGUCCCGAAAGGGUUCGACACAAGUUUGAUUUAUUAUGGGAAUUCCCAGACGUACAUCGCAUAUCCUAAUACCGUAGAGGAGGUCAACAUCAAGUUCACGCCCAAUGUGCAGAUUUUUGGGGGGUCUAUCAUCAAUAUCGUUCUGGAGGGCUUCAUCCUGGCGACCACCGAGGUUUUCCUGUCGUCCCCAGCGACUCCCUUGGCGAACGAGGAAGACUUGAGCUUUCUGGUUCCUGUUGCCACCUGGACGCAGCAGAACCACACGCUCAGCCUCCAGCUUCCUCUUACCUACGAGGUCGGUGACCCUCCCGUCACCACUCCCUACACACUUCCGAGCACCCACGAUACGAACAAGCUCUCCGUGAUCAGGGUGGUGGCUCAGGGCGGCUUCCGUCUCCCCAAGGACGGCCUUGUGCAAGACGAUGCGCGGCUGAAGAUUUCGUGCGAGAGCAAUCAGAUCAUCUACCAGGAGGCCAUCAAGUCCUCGCCACUGGUCGUGGACCGCACGUUUGAAAGUUCUGUAUACACUUAUGGUCCACCGAGGGCUGGGAGCCCCUUCCACUUCACGAUCCAGUUGCGCCCCACAGUGGAUGUGACAGAUGCGAACCCAAUCAGGCUAACCCUAGCUGCUCUGAGUGGAGCGGAAACCUGCUCCGAAUAUCCGGAUAAAUGCUUCACCAACCCAAUACCAGGGAAGAUCAACAUCCAUAUCAGCGGCGCAAACCGUACGAUGAUACAAGAUGCGCAGGCUCAGUGGAACUCCACCUCGUCGCAGCUUACUUUGCAGUUGGCCUCGGGUGUCGUUAUGGAAGCCUUCACAGACUUCGAGAUCGAAAUCAAGGAGAACCAAGGUUUCGUGCUUCCUUCCCAGCUCAAUCAAGACGACGUCAGGCUGACCAUAGAGGCUAUUGGCAACAUCCCAGCGGAGCCGGUGCGGACCUCCCCGAUGGUCGGCAACGGGCCCUAUGCAGAGCACCGGCUCUGCAUGUACCAGUUCGAGCGGGGGGUGCGCACCACCCAGUCUGUCUGCCCUAAUGUGGAAGAGUGCGUGCCGCCGAUGCUCGAUCCAUGCAGCAACGCGGAACUCCUCCGCUGCGGGUGCAAUGUGAUGGAGGAUUCGCCACAGCCGCUCAUUGUGGAGGGAUUCAACUUGCAGCAGGAGGACAAGCUUCGCUUCCUUCCGUACGAUAUAUCCUGCGACGUGGACCCUGCGUCGCUCUACGUGCUUCACCCCUUCACUGCGCCAACGCAGGCGAUAGUGAGCGAUGACCACGGGAUGGUAUAUUACUACGAAGUCUCUUCGAUAACAACUGGCAAGUUUCGGAUAUGCGUCGACCACGUUGGCGUCAUUUCUGACAUCGGCUUUGUCAUCGUUCGGCCAUCCUGCAGACCGCCACUGGUGAUGGUCGACGGGACGUGCGUCACGUACUGCCCGAAGACCAAGAUCCCCAUCGCCGGCGAGUGUCAGCGUGACCGUUACGCGCUGGAGGCGGAUGACGACCAGGCGAUGAUGCUGUCGGUAAAGAUGGUAUACAACGUGGGCGGACAGCCGAUAUUCCAGCGCACCUCGGAUGACCCUGAGCUCCGGUACUUCAAGUACAUGUACCGUUACGAGAUGGCGUCGCUGCUGAAGGCGGACCCUAACAGGAUCAUCGUCGCCUCCCUCUCGAACGGGUCUGCGUUCGUGGUGGUCAACACCGUCUUCACGCCCGUGGAGGGCAGUGACACCAGCACCCUGGCGCAGACCGCGGAGCGGUCCCCACGUGCGCUCAUCUCGCUGCUGCAGCAGCUCCAGGGGGACACCAGCUCCUCGCUCCACGAGCAAGGCUCUUUCUUCGUCGACAUCGAUCGUAGCUACGUCCCCGAGCCGACCAAGGUGCGGCAGUGCCCAGACGGGAUCUACCGCGUCUUCUGCCCCUACAGGAAAGACAUCCGGAGCACCGGGAACGCGCUCGGGCUCUUCGCCCUCGGCGCCCUGGUGUUCCCCGUCGUCUUCUCCACGUUCUGCUUCUUCGCCUGGGGGAUCGACUUCGACGUGAAGAAUCAGAUCGACGCGAGGGUCCUGGAGAAG